AUGACCGACCAAACACCACUAUAUGGCACCAAGUUUGCCGAACUUGUCGCCGACGACGUUUCAGACCCCCCUCCAGCAGAGAAUGCAGUCAAUGCUAAACUAACCAGCAUUGACGGCACUGGGACCGCCGUCCUGGCCAGUAACCUAUUUAUCCCCGAGGACAAACAGAAAUACGGCGGCUUCGCACUCAUUCUCAAGGAUGAUUCCAAGUACGACGACUUCAGAUGGGUCCAGUUCAUCACCCGACAGCUCGUCAUCAAUGGUGCUGCCCAAACUGGCAGUUUGUCCAACAAGGUGAACAAACCCGCUUACCAGUUGGUGAACUCUACGGAGAAUAUCACAGAUUUUGCAACUGGUUCAGGAGCGCCCAAUUGGAACACUUGCUGGGGAGUAGACUCUGCCCUUGCCCAGAUAUUCUUCGCCGACACUCACGAAUUCGUCAAGUCCGCUCCGCUUAAACUGAACGGCAUUAUGGAUACUCCGAGCGUCUUGAUCGGCAAGCUUCCACAACCGUAUGACAGAGAAUACUUUUUAGAUGCUCCGUCCGACUUGGUUGAUAUGAAGAAGUUGGCGACCGGCCCAGGCACUUCGCGCGCUUACUUCUCGGACUAUCUUGUGAAGAAGCUCGAUGGGAGUGGAUAUCGCAUCUAUGCGCGGUUUGAUUCCAGCUUGACCUGGAACGCAGGCGAGGUGGACAAGAAAAACUUCGAGAUCCGCUCUUUGAGUUCUACUGCGACCAACGCAUUUCUGAAUUGUCACAGAGCUGCUCUUUUGCACACAACAACGCCACUCAAAGAGGGUAGUGUAUCACAGCAACCUUAUGCGGAUUUCCUUAACUCUAUUGUUCCGUGA